AUGGCGUCCAAAGCAGUGUCCCUGCGCGAUCGCCAGAUAGCAUCUCUCAAAAAGAUCCUCAAUCUCAACGAGACCAUCGAAUCGAGCGAGGCGGACGAGGCACAUGCCAACGGACUUUUGGCUCCUGUUGCUCCCAUUCUUGAUGCCGAAGGAAACCCUAUCUGGAAAGUCCUUGUGUUUGAUGAUCUAGGCAGAGAUGUCAUCAGCAGUGUUAUGCGAGUCAGCGACCUUCGCUCUAUGGGAGUGACGAUGCACAUGCAUAUCGGCACGCCGCGAUACCCUAUACCAGAUGUGCCAGUCAUCUAUCUGCUCGAACCGAAUGCGCGCAACCUACAGCUCAUGACCGAGGACCUGCAAAAGGGGCUGUAUUCACCAGCUUACGUCAACUUCUUGUCGUCUCUUCCUCGAGUCUUGUUGGAAGAGUUUGCGUCGCAGACAGCUGAAGCAGGGACGUCAGAGAAGAUUGCGCAGCUGUUCGAUCAAUACCUCAACUUUAUUGUUGCAGAGCCGGACCUGUUCAGCUUGGGAAUGCAGAAUGAGCAUACCUACUGGGCUCUGAACAGCGCAAAGACGAGCGACGCCGAGCUAGAUGCGGUUGUGGACAGAAUAGUCAGCGGCUUGUUCAGCGUCGUUGUGACCAUGGGCGUUAUUCCAAUUAUUCGAUGUCCAAAAGGUGCCGCCGCAGAAAUGGUUGCCGUACGCCUCGACCGCAAACUUCGCGAUCACAUCCUCAAUUCAAAAGACAACCUCUUCUCCAACGCACGACCGACGGCAGCGGGCACGCCAAGCUCCAGGCCUGUGCUCAUCCUCCUCGACCGCAAUGUUGACUUGAUACCCAUGCUGUCGCAUUCUUGGACGUAUCAGUCCCUCGUUCACGACGUCCUGUCCAUCAAACUCAACCGUAUCACAAUCGAGACACCCGUUGAGGAAGGCAACCCUGCCAAGGGCACAUCAAAGAAGGGCUACGACCUGACUGCCAACGACUUCUUUUGGAUCAAGAAUGCCGGCGUCCCUUUCCCGCAGGUAGCCGAAGAUAUUGACGCAGAGCUUACCAAGUACAAGGAAGAGACGGCUGCCAUAACAAAGACUACAGGAGUAUCAAGCUUGGAAGAUUUACAAAAUGACACGAGUGCAAGUGCGCAGCACCUCAAGGCCGCGAUAACGUUGCUGCCCGAGAUGCGGGAACGCAAGAGCAUCCUCGAUAUGCACAUGAACAUCUUGGCGGCAUUGCUAUCUGGCAUCAAGGACCGGCAGCUGGAUAAUUAUUUCCAGGUGGAGGAAAACGCCACGAAACAAACAAAAGCUCAGAUUCUAGAAAUCAUCAAGGAUGAGAACAAGGGCAACGACCCAAAUGAUAAGCUGCGACUGUUUAUCAUCUGGUUCCUGAGCACAGAGCAAGAGGUUGCGCGAGUGGAUUUCGAGUUGUUUGAGAAGGCACUGGAAGCGGCUGGUGCAGAUGUCUCAUCGCUGCCCUACAUUCGACAGGUGCGCGCUACUACAAAGAUGACGCAGCUGACUACUAUCAACAACAACUCGAACCAGCAAGCUGCCUCUUCCGACUUAUUUGGACGAUUUUCAUCCAUCUCCUCCCGCUUGACAGACCGUCUCAAAGAGACCGGUGUUCCGUCUGGCUUAACAUCCAACUUUGAUUCUCUAAUCAGCGGAGUCAAGAACUUUUUGCCCGCAGAUCGCGAUCUUACAAUUACCAAGAUUGUCGAGUCCAUCAUGGAACCUUCUACGGCCUCAUCUUCGGCAAUUGCCAAGACAGAAAACUACCUGUAUUUUGACCCGCGCUCCGCCAACGCACGCGGCACUAUGCCGCCGCCCAGUGCUAUCCGGUCAGGAGGUGCAGGCAGCGCGCCGGGUGGUUUACCAGGGUCUCAGAGCGGCCAAGCAGCCAGUUUCGGGCAGCGACGGCAGGGUUUCACUGAAGCAGUGGUAUUCACAGUGGGCGGCGGCAGCAUGGAGGAGUAUGGAAACUUGCACGAGUGGGUUGGCAGAACAAGCGGCGAUCGCGCACGCAAGCGAGUGGUGUAUGGCAGCACGGAGAUGAUUAACGCUGGGCAAUUCAUCAAGGAGGAGUUGGAGAGACUUGGGAAAGAGGUCUCGUCGUAG